AUGGCAGCCUCACCAAAAAUAGUUAACCAUCAUGAAACCAACACCUACACAGCCUACGACGUGACGUGUUUCAACCAUCGGGUUCGGACCAUCGUGACACGUUGCCCCGACGUAGUAACAUCAUGGAUCACCCACAUCCGAUCCAACCAUGAUUCAACCAUAAUCGGGCUAGACACCGAGUGGCUAAACCCUAUAGCAACCCUACAACUAUGUGUAGGUCCCAAUUGCCUCAUCUACCAGCUCCUCCAUUCGCCUUCGAUCCCCUCAGCCCUCGAGGAUUUCCUAGGAGACCCACAAUGCAAGUUCUCCGGUGUCGGAAUCUCAGGUGACUCUCAAAGGCUUUUAAAGGAUUAUGAUCUGCGGUUGUCAAGUAUGGCGGAUGUCAGCAAGGUUGCGGCCGAGGCGGGGAAGGUCAGAGUGAAUGCGGGGCUCAAAGAGGUGGCGGACGCGGUGUUGGGGUGGGAGAUGGUCAAGGCUAAGGAGAUUACAAUGAGUAAGUGGAAUCAAGAAGUGCUUGAUGAUAGUCAAGUUAUGUAUGCUUGUAUGGAUGCAUUUGUUAGUUAUCAUAUUGGUAAAGAACUUCUUGGCAAAACUAAAAAUAAUUGUGUUGUGGAAUUGUCUUGA